CAUGGUAUGAAAUUUGGAUGUUCAUCUCCGGUAGUAGCUGCAAGAGCUGCACUUUCUGAAACGACUUUGGUUAAAAGCCUCCAGCCUUUACCUGCAAAGGAUGUUCACAAGGGGAUGGCUUCAGACGUGCCUAUUGGUGUUUGUAAAGAACAUACCAUCAAUUUUCUGACCUCGUGGUUUGUGGUGGCCCAUUCUGUCGUGCCUUUCAUACAUAUUCUCGGAAAAUCUGUGCCUGAUGUCUAA